CCCGCCCAGAUCCUACAAUCUUCGCCGGAAGCGCUCGGCCCAAUUCGGGCGGUUCUUUCCGUUCGCUGCCGAUUGGCCGCAGUUCUUCUUGACACAUCGGGAAAACUUUGUUUACAUCCGCAGGAUCGAGCGGAGCCGGAGUCAGAGCCGGAGUCCGAGCGGAGCGCAGUCGAGUUUUCCAGAUCCGGCACCAUGAGCGAACGGCCCAGCAAUCAGGAGGAGAGCCUGCAAGGAUCUUGGGUAGAGUUGCACUACAGUAACAAUGGCAACAAUGGGAGCAGCGCACAAAAUGGAGGUCAAGAGCAGGUUCCAGCACCUACUUCCAUUCUCAAUGGGGAAAUGGAAAAAAUACUUCUAGAUGCUCAACAUGAAUCAGGCCGAACCAGCUCCAGAGGAAGUUCUCACUGUGACAGCCCUCCACGCUCUUUGACUCCUCAGCAGCCUCGCUGCAGCUCAGAGAUUGAUACACAUAGCAGUGGAGAGAAAAACAGUUCACAGUCUGAAGAAGAUUAUCUUGAGAGAAAGAGGGAGGUAGAAAAUAUAAUGAAGAAAAAUGCUGAUUGGAUCUGGGAUUGGUCAAGCAGGCCAGAAAAUAUCCCCCCAAAGGAAUUCCAGUUCAAACACCCAAAGCGUUCUGCCACUCUGAGUAUGAGGAACACAGGAGUCAUGAAAAAAGGUGGCAUUUUCUCAGCUGAAUUUCUGAAAGUCUUCCUACCUUCAUUGCUGAUCUCCCACAUAUUAGCCAUUGGCUUGGGAAUCUACAUAGGCAGACGCUUAAGUACCCCAUCCAGUGCUGUUUAAGGAUAUUCCAUUGAAGGUGCAUGUGUGUGGUAUGUGGCAGAUUCUAUGAAGAAUUCUUCAGAAGCAGCCAUUGACUGGAGUGUUCACCUUUCCUGUAACUGCUGGGUUUUAUCCCCUAAGUGAUUAAUGCAAUCCUGAGGACUAUGUUCAUAGUUGAUUAGCCCCAACCCCUUACUGCCUAGUUAGAUUGUAUCCAAUCAAAAUCAUUUGCACAUACCACAAAUGUCAGGCACAUAGAGAUUUAGCUUUCACACAAAACAUUUAAUAAAAUAUUUCACAGGCUUUUUCUUUAUCUGGUGGUGAGAAAGUAUAAAUCAAAAAUUUUAUUUGAUAAGAACCAACAGAAUAGCACAGUUCAACAGAUCUCAGAUAUGAUGGAACACAUUUCCAGAUUAAUCUUCUUUGAGGGGUGGGAGGUAUACUCUUUCUUCAGCAUUCCACCCUAGGGG